AUAACAAUUUCAUGAAAAGAUAUCAUUCUCAUCACUCUCGUGCCACCGCACUACCUGCUCAGCUGAAAUACUGUGAUAUCAGACGAUUAAAGUGUUAAACGAACGUUACAGUCAGUGAUCGUUUUGCUUCUUCUGGAAGAUGUUUGCGUAUAUUUCUGUGCUGGUUAGUGUGUUGUUUUUGGCAACAGUGCACUGCAACAACAAUUCAUGGUUUACAAGAGAACACAUUAGAGACAUUCAUGAAAUACAAGACACAAAGGGAUUACGAUACAAGAAAGAAGCGGCAGCACAGAACACACCACCGUUUGAAAACGACAAAGAUGGUUUAUUGCCCGAGUUUCCGCACAUCGUUUCGAUUGUUCCUGAAAGGGGGCGAACUUUAUGCCUAGGCGUGUUGAUUUCAGUAAGUUUUGUACUUGCUCCUGGAAAUUGUCUUUCUUCACAAAACAACCAAUUGUUUGUAAUAAUCGACGGAGAACGAUUGAACAUCUCGAAGAAAAUUGUGCACCCUAUGUACAGUUCACGCAGCACGUUGUAUGAUAUUGGUUUGUUGAAGAUCGACAUAAAUGAUGACAUAAAAAGUAACAUUCAACCGGCAUGUCUAUGGCUGGAAGAUAAAUUAAGCUUCUCUAAGAUAACUUUAGUUGGAGCACGUGCAUCAGGGCCUUUAAAGCAGACAGCGAGUAUUAAUGUACAGAAUGCAGAAACUUGUAAACCAUACUACGAUUAUGCUUUCUCUUCUCAAGGACAGUCUCUUGUAGAUCAUCAGAUGUGUGUUUUCUAUGACUUCGAAGAACAUUGGAAGUGGAGAAUAAAGAUAAUCUACAUGGAUAUUAUUUCCGAUAACUUCAUUGUUCCUUUUGUGAUUGGAAUUCCAUCGUUUUUUGUAAUCGGCGAUUCACAAAAAUUUGAUGUUUUCGUCAAACUGUCCAAAUUCGGCGAAUGGAUUACGGAAACAAUGCGUGGAGAAGGUGAAGAAAUUUCAUUUGAGCUAACGGAAUGCAUCAAACGGCAUUCAAAUGAGCGUCGUAAAAUUAAUGGUAUGACGAAAUUCAUACCAGGCAAUACUCGCGAUUUCAUGGUAAUGAUUUACGAAAGUCCGGAUAAAUCCAAGGAAUGUGCAGGAGCAUUGAUAGAAAAAGAUAUCGUAAUCACGUUGGCACAGUGUGCAAGCAAUUUGAAGUUACAUUCUUCUAGAGUCAUGUUCUUCUCAAGGAAGACCAUUGCUAUCCGAGAUAUCAUUAUACAUCCUGACUACAUGGAAAAUUCUGUCUACAAUAAUAUCGCAAUUUUAAAGCUCGAAUCUGAGGCACCGUUUAUUCAUGCACAAUUAGAACCGUAUUAUUUUAAGGAUCAUAACGUAUUUUUGAACUGCCGUAAAAACGUCGAAUACAAUGAUUUCAGCUCCUUUUAUUACUUUUCCGUAAAUGAACUUUCCGUGCUGUUCAGUUACGAAUGUAACCCAUCUGUGGAGCAACGUAUUCGACUUUCAAAAGGGUUAUUGCCGGAACAUAUGUGCAUACGCAACGAACAAACAAUUGAUACGAAUAGCUGCGUGACAAAGCCUGGUUCACCGAUAUAUUGGGUUAAUGGCGAUACAAAUAAUUUGCUGGGGUUGUAUAUGAAUGGCGAAAAUUGUACCAUCGGAGAACAAGCCAUCAUUAUUUAUGUAUAUGCUCACAUGAAUUGGAUCGACUCGGUUAUUAACUCCAGAUAGAAUGUUUGUGUGCAGACGGUACGAUGGGUACAUGCGUUAGACAAACGAUGUGCAGACGAAUGAAAAGCGACUGGCCGAUUUUGAACAACAACAGAGAAACGUCGUUUUUUGUCCUUUGUAUAACAUAACAUAUGCUCAAAUCGUGUUUUUAUGUUUUCGGGAAAAUAUAUGUUUUUUCCAACUCUUAUAAUUUAAGUACAAUGGACAAAUAAAAAUUGAAAACAACGAUAUUCUAUUAACAUAAAUUUAAAA